AUGAAUGACUCUGGCAACAUUCGCAGUAAUGGGCGUCCUAUUUCUUCUGAUGAAGAAAUAGGACUUGGUGAAGCCGAGGCGGGGCAAACCGGCAAGGACGGCGAGAAGCAUCAACGUAAACUCACCCAACCUGAAAAGAAAAUCGAGACUUUUUUCAAUCAAUCUCACUCUGAACCAAAUAAAUCAAAUGAUGAUUCUAUCUAUUUAGAAAUUAAACUAUCUACAUUUUUGGUUGAGCAUAAUAUUAGUUUUACGAUUUUGGAUCACUUAACACCACUUUUGAAAGAGUGCAUUGAAGAUUCAACUAUUGUUAAAAAAAUGCAAUUAAAAGCUGAUAAAGGAGCUGCAAUAGCAAAAAAUAUUCUAGGUCGUGCGAAAAAGGAUGACUUACAAGAUGAACUAAAAUCAAGUCUUUUUAGUAUUCUUAUUGAUGAAAGCACUGAUAUUUCUGGAGUAAAAACAAUGUGUAUCAUAGUAAGAUUCUUUAGUCCUCAAGAGGAACGCAUAAUUAGUAAAUUUUGGGAGCUAUGUCAAGUGUUUGGAGGUGAUAUUAAGGGCGACCAAGCCAGUGCUGAGCAUUUGUUUAAGUUAGUGAGUAAUUCAUUUGAAUCUCAUGGAAUUCCAUCAAAACAUAUCAUCGGAUUUGCAUCGGAUGGAUGCAAUACGAUGAUGGGGAAUAAAAAUUCCGUAGCAAGUAGGUUUGAAGAACAAUGUCCAGGAAUCUACAUUUUCAAAUGUAUAUGUCAUUCACUACACUUAUGUGCUAGUGAAGCGUGCAAACAAUUGCCUAGAAGUUGUGAAGACUUAGCCCGUAACAUCUAUAACGAAUUUAAAAAUAGUGCUAAGAGACAAUUUCUUUUUCGAGAAUUUCAAAGUUUCUUAGACACUGAAAUUCAUAAAAUACUCAGACCAGCUCAAACGAGGUGGUUAUCCCUAAGUUCAGUCGUAAACAGAAUUGUUGAACAGUGA